ACUGCAGACUCAAACACAGAAGUAUUUGAUCUUCAUUGAUACUCUGUGUCAGUGCUCCUACCUGCCCCACCUUAUCGAUGGCUUCAUUGGCGUGCCCGUUUUACCAGUCCGCUAAACUGGACAAAGCCGUCUCUUCUCUGGAUUGGCUCCUGGGUAACUGGGAAUCAGUCGAGCCCGGAAAGGGUUCCUUCCCCAGCCUGAAGGACUUCCGCUACACGGAGGAUCUUCACUUCGCCCAAAUGGGACAGCCCAUCAUCAACUUUAUGUUCAAUGCCUCUGAUGCGGAGACGAAGCAGAUACUUCACAGGGAGUGUGGCUUCAUUCGAAUGCAGACGGGCACCAACCGAGUGGCGUUCAUCAUCGCACAGAACUCUGGACUGGUGGAGGUUGAGGAGGGGGAGCUGGUGGGAAAGAAGCUGAGCCUACAUACACAAGCUCUGGCCAGGCCAUCGUUUGCCAAGGAGCCCCACGUCAAGGAGGUCUCCAGAGUGUUCCAGCUCCACCCAGACGGGAAGCUGGAGCAGACGCUUUCCAUGUCGACGGAGAAGCAGCCAAUGACUCAGCAUCUGCAAGUCACCUACAGUCGCUUGCCUUGAAGCAGAUUAGUUUAAAUACGAAGACCACUUUCUGUGUUGAUGCUAAAAAAAUUACCUAGUCUGCAAUUUAUGUGUCCGGAAAUAAAAAAAAUCAUGCAACAAUA